UCUAUUCAUGGUUUCAAAAACAAAACGAGGUCAGCCUUCUAAUUAGCCGGCUCUCUUUAUAAUAUUGAAUCUUGUGCCAAUAUCUCUUUGACUCUGUUUUAGUCUCUCUUUCUGUUUGUUAUUUGUUUCAAUCACAUACUUAAAGUGUCUUAGAAUCUAGCUACCUAAGCGCCGUCAAUAUCUAAAGCUGUCAUCAAGUUCAAACCAGCUGGUGCCUGGUGUUCUGCAAGAUUUGCGCAUAAUAUUUGUCUGUUCCUCUUCUUUGCAUUGAAACCUUUCAGAACCUCCAAAAGGGUACUCUCAGAUUUGCUUUCUGCACUGGGAUUACGCGUCUUGAAGCUCACAUGACCCAAAAGGUGCCAACUUUGCUCUUUCUUGUUCUGUUUGUUUCAUGGGUUUUUUGAUUUCAAUAGUAUUUGUUAGUUCUUGUGUUGCUCUUCCUGUAUAAGAACCCCAGAUUUCAUUUCCAGCUCAUCUUAAGAAAACCCCAUCUAUCUCUUUGUUCUUCAAUAAAUUUCCAGUCUUUAGUAAUGAUGGGUUGUAGAAAAGCUGAAUUGUUUACCUGGGUUGUAUCAUUUUUGUGCUUGUCAUGCUUGUCUAGUGGAUUUAAUCCAGUAGACAAUUACCUUAUAGACUGUGGAUCAUCCACAAAUACUUCAGUGGAUAGCCGGGUAUUCAUUGCUGAUAACCUGGCUUCAAAUUUGCUUUCAACCCCUCAAGGUGUUCUUGCCAAAUCCAAUUCGACAUCCAUCACACUCUUCUCAGAUUCACCGCUGUAUCAGACAGCCAGAGUCUUUACUGGAUCCUCAAAAUACACCUUUUCAAUCCACCAGAGUGGGAGGCACUGGAUCCGCCUCUAUUUCUAUCCCUUCGUAUAUAAUAGUUACAAUAUGAGUGUGGCAAAUUUUGCUGUCUCAACUCAAGACCAUGUCCUUCUGAGCAAUUUCAGUGUGACAAGCGGUGCUGUUGUUAAAGAAUUUUCUCUAAAUGUGACAUCAAAUGACCUUGUAAUCACCUUUACCCCUUCUGCCAAUUCAAUCGCCUUCCUAAAUGCCAUAGAAGUGGUUUCAGUCCCUGAUGCGCUCAUUAGCGAUGAUGCCCAGACCAUUAGUCCAGCAGGAGAUUUCCAAGGGUUGUUGCCUAUGGCACUUGAGACGGUUUGGAGGGUGAACAUGGGUGGGCCAACAGUCACACCUAAUAAUGAUACACUUUGGAGAACUUGGAUUCCUGAUCAUAGUUUUUUAGUACAGCCAAACGCUGCCACGAAUGUCUCAAAUAUUGCAGCUGUUAAGUAUGUUACAGACGGAGCAACACAGGAUGCAGCUCCAGAGACUGUCUAUGGUACUGCCACAAAAAUGAACUCGGCAAAUAAUCCUAACAGCAAUUUCAAUGUGAGCUGGGAGUUCGAUGUGGAUAUAGGAUUUGAGUACCUUGUCCGUUUUCACUUUUGUGAUAUAGUGAGUACUAGUCUUAACGAGCUCUACUUCAAUGUUUACAUUGACCCCUGGCUUGUUGUUUCGAAUCUUGAUCUGAGUACUCGUUUGAACAACGAAUUGGCUGCUGCAUAUUAUAUGGAUUAUGUUACGGUGACAGCUGUUAGCAAUAAGCUUCGUAUAAGUGUUGGUCCUUCUACUGUAAAAGGUGCAUACCCCAAUGCCAUCCUAAAUGGGCUGGAGAUCAUGAAACUGAACAAUUCUAAGGGCAGUCUCAGUGCGGCAGAUGCUGUGAUUAAUUCAAGUUCAAAGAAAAAUGUAAGUGUGAUGGUGGGUACAAUAAUUGGGGCCUUCAUUGCCUUAGUGUUGGCUGGAAUUCUCUUUAUGCUGUUCAGAAAGAGAAGAAGACUAGCUCGUCAAAGACUUUCUAAGACAUGGAUUCCAUUAUCCACAAAUGGAGGAAAUUCUCAAUCCAUGGUAAGCAAAUAUUCUAAUGGAACAACUCUUAGUGCCAUCUCUAACAUUGGCUAUCGCAUUCCUUUUGCGGCAGUUCAAGAGGCCACAAACAAUUUUGAUGAGAGUUGGGUCAUUGGGAUUGGUGGAUUCGGGAAAGUGUACAAGGGAGUUUUAAGUGAUGGUACAAAAGUGGCUGUAAAGAGGGGAAAUCCUCGAUCCCAACAGGGACUUGCAGAGUUUCAAACUGAAAUCGAGAUGCUCUCUCAGUUCCGCCAUCGCCAUCUUGUUUCACUGAUUGGAUAUUGUGAUGAAAAGAAUGAGAUGAUCUUGAUAUAUGAAUAUAUGGAGAAUGGGACCCUCAAAAGUCAUCUUUAUGGCUCAGGUCUUCCAAGCAUGAGUUGGAAGGAGAGGCUUGAGAUAUGCAUUGGAUCAGCUAGAGGACUUCAUUACCUUCACACAGGGUAUGCAAAAGCAGUUAUUCAUCGUGACGUAAAGUCUGCUAACAUAUUGCUUGAUGAGAAUCUCAUGGCCAAGGUAGCUGAUUUUGGGCUCUCGAAGACAGGGCCUGAAAUUGAUCAGACUCAUGUGAGUACAGCAGUGAAAGGAAGUUUUGGGUAUCUUGAUCCUGAAUAUUUCAGGCGGCAACAACUGACGGAGAAGUCAGAUGUGUAUUCAUUUGGUGUGGUUUUGUUUGAAGUUCUUUGUGCAAGACCUGUUAUUGAUCCAUCCCUUCCAAGAGAAAUGGUGAACUUAGCUGAAUGGGCAAUGAAAUGGCAGAAGAGAGGGCAGUUGGACCAAAUAAUAGAUUCCAGUCUUGUGGGAAAAAUUAGACCAGAUUCUCUGAGGAAGUUUGGAGAGACUGCUGAGAAAUGCUUGGCCGACUUUGGUGUUGACAGGCCCUCUAUGGGAGAUGUCUUAUGGAAUCUCGAAUAUGCUCUUCAACUUCAAGAAGCAGUUAUUGAUGGUGAUCCUGAAGAAAACAGUACUAAUUUGAUUGGUGAACUCUCCCCGCAAGUGAACAAUUUCGGUGACAGCAAUACUAGUAUUUCUGCUACACAGUUUGAAGUGUCAGCCGUGGAUGAUCUCUCAGGUGUUUCCAUGAGUAAGGUGUUCUCACAGCUGGUGAAGUCUGAGGGUAGGUGAUUGGUUGGAGAUAGUAUACUCUAUUGUUUCAGCUACUUUCUAAUAAGACUUCUGUGCCUUUUUUACCAUAUUGUUCACCAUAUUCCACUAGAUAGGACGUUAUCUUGGUUCUGUUAUCCAAAAAAUGAGACCCGGAAUUGUCGAAAUAUGUUUAUUUUUUCUGAUAAAAUGAUUUUAGCAUCCCCCUGUGGCCUGUACAAUAUGUGGCUUGUUUGAUUGACUACUUUAAAGUUUGAAGAGGAACCCUGCUCCUAUUCUACAGUACUUGAAGUAUUUGACCAUUUGUAGAGGUGUCCUUGGCAGAGUUCUGCAAUCAGACUGCGUAAAAUGUGAUUUGUGAGUUCUCUUUAGUACAGAAAGGCUGGUGGUUCAAGUGAAUUUUAGCAGUUUACAAGGAUGUUGUAUCUGAAAGUUGUCAUUGUAGUGUGUUUCUUUCUUUGUAUUUUAUAAAUUCCCCAACUCAUACAUGAAGCAGCAUGUUAAAGAUUACAUUCAUUAUUUA